CAACAGGUUUAACUGGAAGCACAUUAGCUUUCGGAGCGUCGCUCCUUCAUCAGAUGGUGUUGUGCGAUUUUUAACCUCGAUCAACAUAACAUGAAAAACGCGCAUGCGUAGUGUUUAAGCAGCAUGGCACAUGCGCGAAAACAGUGAAGGUGGUGGUGGGAUGAUCACUUCGGAUUCAUAAACAGUAAAAUUAUGGAGCAGUGGAGAGACCGAUGGACGUGGCGAGUGCUCGGCCAGGAUUUUGGAAGGGGAGAAUUUACCAUCAACAAAUUCCAAUUAAACAUUACAUCAGGAUCUGACAGUGUCACCCAAUGUUUGGUAACCUGAAUAUCUUUCUGGACUUUGAACAUGGAAGGUAAAAUCACCUUUCACAGUGGGGAAAAACUGUACUCAUGUCCUCUGUGUGGACGAGGCUUCAGCCGAUCGUCUGGUCUGUCCAGACACAAGUGCAGUCACAUUGGGGAAAAACCGUGGAAAUGUGUGGAUUGUGGAAAGGGAUUCAAUUACCCAUCUGACCUGGAAACGCAUCGACGCAGUCACACUGGAGAGAGGCCAUUCACUUGUCCUGAGUGUGGGAAGGGAUUCACUCAGUUUUCUAACCUCUUAUGUCAUCAGAGAACUCACACUGGGGAGAGACCAUUCACAUGCACAGAGUGUGGGAAGGGAUUCACUCAGUCAUCCCACCUGAUGGCACAUCAGCGAGUUCACACUGAGAAUAGGUCAUUCGGCCGGUCAGAGUGUGGGAAGGGAAGCACUCAGUCAUCACACCAGCGAGUUCACAAUGGCGAGAGAUCAUUCAUCUGUUCUGAGUGUGGCAAGGGAUUCACUCAGUCAUCCCACCUGCUGAAACACCAGCGAGUUCACAGUGAUGAAAGACCAUUUCAAUGCCUGCAUUGUGGGAAAUGCUUUAAAAGUUCUGCUGAAUUGGUCAGCCAUCAACGUGUUCACACUGAUGAGAAACCAUUCAGAUGCUCUUACUGUGGGACUGGGUUCAGGAAAUCAUCUCAUCUCAUUGUGCACCAGCGAAUUCACACUGGGGAGAGGCCAUUCAGCUGCCCCGAGUGUGGGAAAAGAUUCAAUAAUUUGUCCAAUCUGCUGAAGCACCAGCGUAUUCACACCGGGGAGAGACCCUUCACCUGCUCAGAGUGCGGUAAAGGAUUUACUCAGUCAUCCAAUCUGUUGAGACAUAAGCAAAUUCACACUGGGGAGAGGCCGUACACCUGCUCUGUUUGUGGGAAAGGAUUCACCCGGUCAUCUGACUUUCUGAAACAUGAACGGACUCACACUGGAGAGAGGCUGUUCAUCUGCCCUGAAUGUGGGAAAGGCUUCAGGGACUCAUCCAGCCUGCAAAAACACAAGCAAAUUCACACUGGGGAGAGGCCAUACACCUGCUCAGAGUGUGGGAAAGGAUUCAUUCGAUCAGCCCACCUGCUGACACACCAGCGAGUUCACACUGGAGAGAGGCCAUUCCCCUGUUCAGAGUGUGGCAAAGCGUUCUCUCAGCUAUCCAACCUCAGGACACACCAACUGGUUCACACUGAUGAGAGACCUUUCAAAUGUUUGCACUGUGAGAAAAGCUUUAAACGCACAUGUGACUUGCUGAUACACCAACAGAUUCACACUGGGGAGAGGCCAUUCCCCUGCUCUGUUUGUGGGAAACGAUUUAUUCAUUCAAAAAACCAUCUGAGACACCAGCGAAUACAUACUAGUGAGAAGUUUUGACCUGUUCUGGUGGGAAAGGAAUUACUUUGUCAUCCCACCUGCUGAGACACUAACGUGCACAAAUGACUGCAGGGCAGGGGUCUGUUGUUGUUGCUGUUCUUUAAUUAAACUUUUCCUCACGUCACCUCUGCAUAUCUUUCCCAAAACCUUUUAAUUGCACCUCCCUAAUCUUUGGAUCAUCAUGAUGUGGAGGUGCUGGUUUUGGACUGGUCUGGACAAAGGCAGAAGUUGCACAACAUCAGGUUAUAGUCUUAACAGGUUUAUUUGAAAUCCCAAGCUUUAUCACUUCACCUGACAAAGGAGCACUGUGGUUUCAAAUAAAUCUAUUGGACAAUAACCUGGUGUCAUGUGACUUCUGACUGAGGCCAUCACAAUAUGGAACCAAUAUUUUAUUUCUGUACCUGUAAACUAGUACACUUGAAGCAUGGUAUCAGACCGGGCCUGUAGUUGUGAGCGAAAGAGAUAUUUUUUUUAAAAAGAGGCCAGCAAUUUUUCCCUGGUUUGCUCCCUGAUAUCUCCAUUUUGAAGUUCAAGCAUCCAUAUGUUUUGCUCGCUGCUUUCUUAAGUCCCACCUGCUUUGAAGUGGUUUAAAACAGAUUGUGUUUUUUUUAUUCCUCAGUUGAUCAUUGACACAUGUCCAUGGGUCUGUUUCUGCUGAAAGUAAUGCCAAAAUUCAAGGAAGUACCAUUCUUGAUGGCAGUGAAACAAAUCCACUUUGUGUUAAAUGCACUGUAUCAAGUCUUGAUCACCCAGUUCUCUGGGGUGGGGUGGAAAUAAUCCCCAGUUAGUGGUGUUGCCACCAUCAUUUACACCCAUUGAUGCUGUCACUUAUGCAAUCAAUCCAACACAGUGGACUGUUUCUCCAUGCUGGAAUGCUAUAUUUCAGGCUGUC